UCCCAGAGAGUGGAGUGGAAGCUGCGGCUUCAGCCCUAGCACAGGGCGGCCCUGGGGUGGGGCUCUUAGGGAAGCUGGCGUCGGGCCGGGCUGGAGAGGCUGGCUCGGCCACCCCGACCCAGAAACCUCCCCGGAAUGCAGUGGUUCAGCACCCGCCCCCUCAGAAAUUCCCCACGGGAAAGAGAAGAAAACUGCCAGUUCCCAAGCCCUGGAAGGCCGCGCCUCUGUUUCCUCAGAGUGGCGGGAUUGGGGACUCCCGCCCCCAGGGAGCUGCAGACGUGAAGUCGGGCACACCUGAGACCCGUGAAGCCGUUGCAGCCACAUCCGGAGUGACGUGACUCGGCGGCGCCGCCGGAGUCACCCUCCGGACCCCACCCCCGCUUGCGUCCCCAGCCCAGCCUGCCCUCCCAGUGUCUCCAGUUCGCUGCUCUCAGCUCCCACCUCCACCCCAGCCCUGCGUGCCCCACGGGGGCGGUGGGCGGAGCUGUCUCUUAAAGGACCAGGGGCUGCAGCCCUUCAGCCACUUCCUGGGGGCUGAGAGGACUUCAACAGCUGCCGAGGAACCCCAGUAAGGCGUUAAGGCGGCGGCGCCUGAGUCCGAGACUCCCGGCUGCUUCCAUCAGAGUCCUUGGACAAUCGCAGCUACCACUUAGGGUGCAUCCUUGCUCCCCAGCGGGCACCUCCGGCAUCAGCUCCAGGGAGCCCCGCCUCCAUCUCUUGGAACCCGCGCCGGAGCCAGGCCAAGGCCAGGCCAGUGUCUGGUGCCCCGGAACCCUGCGGGGGCUCGCUCACAGAGGCAGCGAUCUGCCCGAGAACUUGGAAGCUGGACCCUUUAAAGAGUCAGCCUUAUACUCGACCGUCACCUGCUGGUUGGAUUCCGGAAAGCCACUAUCUAAAGACCACAGAAAGGAAUCGCAGACCACCUAGAACUGGAUGCGUCUGGACCUAAACCUCUCUUCUUCGUGGUCUUUCCUGUGCUCUUUUCAUCCGUCCUCUAAACCUUUCGGGCGUUUCUGUGACCGGAAGACAUCCCGCACCACCAAGGUAGCUGGGGUGCGCCCGAAAUCUUGCUGCCUUGUUCUCCAGCCAGUGCCUCCAGCUUAGAGUCUGAAACUUACAACCCAGUUCUGCACACACCCAGGAAGUUCUGCCUUUUCUUCUCUUUCGGUGUCUCCAGUACUCCCCAAAAUUUCCCCCCCUCCUGUGCCCUCUUCACCCCCCUCCUUUGGGGGCCCCGUGACCCUGAAUGUGGGGGGCACAUUAUAUUCCACUACUUUGGAGACCCUGACUCGCUUCCCAGACUCCAUGCUGGGAGCCAUGUUUAGGGCUGGCACUUCCAUUCCCCCCAGCCUCAACCCCCAAGGAGGGGGCUACUACUUCAUAGACCGAGAUGGAAAAGCCUUCCGGCACAUUCUCAAUUUCCUGCGGCUGGGCCGCCUGGACCUGCCCCUAGGAUAUGGGGAGACAGCGCUUCUCAGGGCGGAGGCUGACUUCUACCAAAUCCAGCCCCUCCUAGAUGCUCUGCAGGAACUGGAAGCUUCUCAGGGUGCCCCUGCACCCACAGCUGCCCUGCUCCACGCCGAUGUAGAUGCUAGCCCCCGUCUGGUGCACUUCUCUGCUCGCCAGGGCCCACAUCACUAUGAGCUGAGCUCUGCCCAGGUGGAUGUCUUCCAGGCCAACCUCUUCUGCACUGACCCAGAGUGUCUGGGUGCCAUGAAGGCCCGAUUUGGUGUGGCCAGUGAGGAGAGGGCAGAGGCAGGACCACACUUUCGUCUGGAGUGGGCCCCCCGCCCCAUGGAACUGCCGGAAGUGGAAUACAGGAGACUGGGGCUGCAGCCACUGUGGACUGGGGGGCCAGGACAACGACGGGAAGUGGUGGGCACUCCGGGCUUCCUGGAGGAGGUGCUGCGGGUGGCUCUGGAGCACAGCUUCCGGCUAGACUCUGUUUUCCCUGACCCUGAAGACCUGCUCAACUCCAGAUCUCUGCGCUUUGUCCGGCACUGAGCUGAGAACAGCAAAUACUGCCCUUAGUUUGACUCUAGGGGAGUAGAGGGGGAAAGAAGGGAGCAGCAAAGGGGACAAAUUUUCCCUGAAGCCUCCCCCUAGCUCUGCUUUAGGGGCUAUGAGAGCCACAGGUCCCACUGCACCUGACUGGAGCCCAGAUGUGGACAGGAUUCCCCACACCCAAGCCCGCAAAGGGCUCACAAGUGCUACAGAGGGUAUGAACUGGUGCUAAUGCUGGAAGGGGUGGGAAAGUUUCCCCUGGCUUGUUUUCACCUGAGGCUGGAGACCUUGGUUGGAGCUCAGUAUUCAGGGGUCUGGAAAAGUGGGGACAUUUCUCUGCCUAUGCUAGGCCUAGCAGAACCCUGCAGGGACACUGAGGUCUGGGAGGAAGAGGAACUUUGCAUUGUUCUAAUGUGGUCUCCUGGACUGUGACUUCUCCUUCUGGAGCUGAGUGGCCUGGCCUGACCAAUGACAGGCCAGAACACUCUGGAACAUGGGAAGGGAGAUUCUUUGCUGUGUCCCAAGCCACUAUGAGGGAGACAGGCUACAUGCCACUCUAUGCUGGCAUAAGGGAUCUAGGAGAAUCCCCACUAACUAUGGGAUAGAGCAUUCCUCUGGAGAUCGAAGUGUUUUAAAGAAUCUGUUUUACUGAUGGUGGAGCUGGCCAUGGGGAGGAGGGUGGCAUCUUCUUGGGUCUUGGCCUUACUUCCUUCAUGUGUGCGUGUGUGUCAGCAUGCAUCUGACUGAUGUGUGAGCCUCUGAUGUCCUGGCUCCGAUCUGUGUUGCUGGCGAUGGUAUGUGUACUGGCCUUUCUGUGGUCUCUACAUGUCCAGGCCUGUACGGGGUUGAGAAACUAUUUGGGCACCAGGUGUGUCUAUGGGUGUGAGUAGACUGAGAAUUAAUAGCUUAACCACAAGUGGUAUGUGUGUUUACACACACAUGUGCAUUUACAUUACCACAUAUGCAGGCGGGGCCUGUUGGGAUUUGAGUCACUAGGAUCUUCCUGGUGAGAGAGGUAAGAGAAGUCACUGGGCUUAGCAGGGCCUUGGAGGCCUUUAUAGCAUUCUUGGUUGCUAAGGCAACCAUAGGCCUGUUGCUAGGAGAUUGCUGAAGAAGGACCCAAGUCUGCCCAAGGCAGAGAGGAGCUGAAUGGAAGAGUUUGGGAGAGUCGGGAGGAUAUGGGAAGGGAUAGGAUUUCUGCAUCGCUGAAGAGAUGGAAUAAUCAUGAACAACUUCUCUGGGAGUCACUUAUUAUUUAUCACUUACAAGAAGAAAAAUAAAGUUGCUUUUGGAACCACAAA